AUGUCGUAUCGAGGAAGAGGCGGUGGUGGAAGCUUCAAUCGUGGCGGUGGCAGCUUCAAUAGAGGUGGUGGCAGCGACGGCUUCAGUCGAGGUGGCGGUGGCUUCAAUAGAGGUGGACGGGGUGGUGGAAGAGGUGGAUUUGGCCGUGGAGGUGGUGGACGAGGAGGUUUCAACAGAUCAUAUGACCAAGGACCUCCAGAAAGUGUAGUCAUCCUGGGAGAGUUUAUGCACCCCUGUGAAGAUGACAUUGUUUGCAAAUGUGUGACUCAGGAGAGCAAAGUACCUUAUUUCAAUGCACCUGUCUAUUUAGAAAAUAAGGAACAGAUUGGGAAAGUGGAUGAAAUCUUUGGGCAGCUCAGAGACUUUUAUUUUUCAGUCAAAUUGUCGGAAAACAUGAAAGCUGCUUCCUUCAAAAAGUUGCAAAAGUUUUAUAUCGAUCCAGCAAAAUUGCUCCCUCUGCAGAGAUUUUUGCCAAGGCCUCCAGGUGAAAAAGGACCUCCGAGAGGUGGAAGAGGAGGCCGUGGUGGAAGAGGAGGUGGCAGAGGGGGAGGUGGUUUCAGGGGUGGCAGAGGUGGUGGAGGGUUCAGAGGAGGACGAGGUGGUGGAGGUGGCCGAGGAUUUAGAGGCAGAGGACGUUAA